AAAAAAUUAUUAUUGUGUGGGUUUUAAUUUUAUUACCAUAAUUUCUAUAAUUUUAGGUGAGUUAGAUCAAGAUAAAGUUUAGAAGACUCCUGCAAAUUUACUCAACUAAUUACGACCAAGAAUAAGCAAGACGCGGCUAUGUAAAAUAAAAGACGCACGUCGCAACGAGGGUUGAAUGUGUUUGGGCUUUCUAUUCUCAAUUUCUAAUCAGGUCUCUCAAGAUUUUGCGAUAAGAUCUGGUUUUUCUUAAUCUCCUAACCAACUCAAGAGCUUUGUUUAUGCUUCAUAAUCUCUAAAUUAAUCCCCCUUUCUAUCAUUAUAUUACGAAAUAAAUAUGCAUAUUGUGUUUCUAAAGCUCCCUCAUUCAGGAUGGUGGGAGAGGAGAGGAGGGAGAGUCCUAUAUGUCGUAGUGAUUAAAUGUUACGUAUGUUUAAUACUUUCGCAUAGCCUUAUUUUACAUGUUGCCAUGUGCUAGAUUUGUAAUUUUAUGCCGUUACAGAUUUGAGUUCUCUAAGAGGGGGAAAGUAAGAAUUGUGCCUCCUGCAUUGAGGAAGCCACCUGGCGAUGGGAGUAAGUCAACACAACAGAUUACUCCACAUGACAUUCAUGACAAUACAUAUGAAAGGGGUUUUUUUUACUCUCUAUGAAAGAUUCUUUCUUCCUCAAGAGUUCCUCAUCCAAAUCUGAAUAUCGUUGGUUGGAUUUCUUGUUACAAAGGGAAGGUAACAUUGUAUCACAUUUCCUUGACUGGAACUUCUACUUUUUCAUAUGAGAAUGAGGAAAGGCAAAAACUUCUUUUGAUAUCACUGCAAUCUUGACAACUAUAAUUAGUAGAAGGUUGAUAUGAAAAGGAAAAAAAAGAAAAAGUGGAAGUAGAGAGGGAAAGAUGAAAAUGUAUGUGUGAAGGAUACCUGAAAGGGAUGGGUUUUAUUAGUUUGGUUUUUGUUUUACAGCAGGUUCUCAAUUGAUUUCAUCUGCACCAAUAGGACAAAGGAUUGAGAACAAUAUAGCUAAGAUGGAUAUGACUAGGAGGGGGAAGUUCCUUAUGCCUUCUGCUCUGAGAAGGCAGUUAGGCCAUGGGAUUAGAGUAACAGAAAAGAUGACUGCUGCAGGUUCUCAAUCCAACACAUCCCAAUAGCAAGGACAAGGAUUUGAUAUUGACAAUUGAAAGAGGGCUAUUUGUAGGUUGAGGAAAAUGUAGGGAUGAAACAAAUCAUGGAUGAAAUAACUGUACUGUUGAAUUACAAAGAUAACCAAGUUGAACAAGUUACCUCAUCUAUGAGAAAAUGGAAUAGGUCAACUGAUAGAAACAUUGGAUUACCAGCUCUACAAGUUGUCUUGAAAAUGAUAAAACAGAGUAAGUUAUCAAGAAACAUUGAUUGUCCUGGUACAACACCGAGAAGUUAUUUUUCUGCUGAGCAUAUUUUUGCUGGAGGUUUUAGCUCAAAUAUUAAAGACACUCCUGCUGGUCUUACAAAUCAAUAAUCUCCCGCAUCAAUCCAAACUCCAACAGAAAAUAUUGAAGGCACUUCUGUUGGUCUUGCAAAUCAUGAAUCUUCAGCAUCAAUCCAAACUCCCUCCGAUGAUAAUGUACCUGGUAUGUACACUUGUGUUGGCAUUAUUCACUUUGUCCAUUGUGUGCAUAACUCAUGCGUAUCUCACAAGCAGUUUCAUCUCUCUGUAGCAUAUAAUAGGCGUUGAAGUGGAGUUAGAGGAGUAUAUAAAGGAGUUGUUUUGGAUAAGAUGACCAAUGGCAAUAAACGGAAAUUGAUGGUAUGUAUACCUCCAGGUGAUUACUACCGUCCUGUUGAUGAGAAUGCAGUGCAGUUAUCAUCUUGGAUAGGUAGCUGUGUCAGAUCCACAGUGAUUGCUCCUAUGUAUUCAUGAGAAGUAGCUGAGUAAAAACAUGGUGAACAAAUAAUGAAGAUGAUUACGGACUAUUUUGAUGUUAGUUAUGAGAGCCCUCUGAAAUGGAAGAAAAAAAGAAGAAAAUUGUUCAAGUAACCAUGAUACGUAUGAGGAUAAAUUAGUGAAGUUUUACAAACACUGUUUUGAAAGGAUGGGAGAAUUGUAUAGGAAGUGGAAGCACAAUCUCCACAAGGAGUAUGAGAAAUACUCAACAGAUGAAGAGCGCAUGCGCAAUAUUCCUGAGGGACUAACUGAAACUACUUGGGCAGAGAUGAUUAAAAUUUUUUCAGACCCAAAAUUUAAGGUAACAAAAAAUCCUCCAACUG